ACAAAGAACAUCAAGCGACGAAACAGAGCUGCCAAUAAAACGAAGGGCUUUUGACAAACAGCUGAAACAUGAAAUUGCUGUGUAGUGCUUGAAGAUAACCAUUGUUCAUAUGGUGUUUUGCUGACAGUUGUAUUUAAUUUAACAUACUAUUUAUUUUCAUACGUUUUUGUCAUGUCAGUGAACAGAGAAGAAGUUCUAGCCGAUUUUCAGGCAUGUACAGGAAUAGAUGAUGUUGCAGAAGCAAUUCUGCAUUUGGAGGAAACUAACUGGGAUCUUUUGGGUGCUAUUAAUCGUGUGAUGCCCCAAGACACACAGACACUACCGUCAGAAGUGGAUCCUGAUGUUCAAAUGGUGGAAGAAGUGAAACGUCCACGUUCUGUGUCUACAAGAGUUACUCGCGCUAGCAGUUCUAAACUAUCGAGUGGUGCUAACAGUUCUCACCGUUUUCGUAUGCCAACGAGUAUCAGCGCCGAUGUCAUAUCUCUUCCUUCAACGUCUCAUGGUCGUGAAGCCAGAUCACUGAAUUUUCAUGUGUACUUCAGAGAGAGGGAUGCUAAACUCACAGUUUCAGAUACAGAUACUGUUGGUGAACUAAAAAGCACUAUAUUUGCACGUUUGGGAGUGCCAGUGUGUCAGCAGACUCUUCAAGGAUGGAAGAAUAAUCCAAAGUCUGAUUCAGUAACAUUAUCUAGCCUGAAUCUACCAAAAGAAAACACACUUUAUGUUAUUGUUCCAGACCUUGAAGACGGGUGUACUGCUGCAGAAGAGUCGAAAUUUGUUGAGAGACUGAUUCAGACGUACACUCUUAACAUUCAUGAUCAAACAAAUAAUAAAACUUACAAGCUAAAGUUUUUGGGCUCUAAAACUAUUCUUGAAGUGAAGACCGAUGUGUAUACUCUCACAGAUAUACCAGUGAGGCAUCAGGUGUGGAAAGGUUGGCCACCAAAUGUUGUAAAUGACAAAACGACAUUAGCAUGUUCUGGCAUAAAUUAUCCAUCCCAUGAUUUUGUUUUGGAGCGAGCAGCCUCUACAGCCAACAGUGAUAAGAGAAUUGUUGUUGAUCUGGUGGAGAGUGACAAUAGCUCAGCAGAAGAGUUUGAAGAUGCAUCAGAGACAUUUGCUGUUGAAGACGAUAUCUUCGUUGAUGUUGAAACUAAAAGAAUGCAGCCCUUAAUUCCAGAUAACGUAGAGGAUGAAACUGCUGCCUGCAUUCACUUUUGUGACCAGUUUACAAGUCGUUAUGGUUCCUCACAUCCAGACUUUUUCCCAGGAUCUUUGGAAGAUGCAAUUAAAGAGGCUUGUAUGAAACCUGCAAAAGAUCGGCGGCUGUUGGCUAUUUAUCUCCAUCACGAUGCAAGUGUCUUGACAAAUGUGUUCUGCACACAGCUUCUAGGAUAUGAAUCAGUUCUGCAGUGCCUGAGUAAUCACUUUGUUGUGUGGGGCUGGGACCUCACACAUGAAUCCAACAAACAAAAGUUUUUGGCAUCAGUUUCUAAGGCACUUGGGUCAGUUGCCGCAAUGACAAUCCGCAGCAUAGAUGUGGACACACUUCCUGUUUUGAUAAUUAUAAUGCGUAUGAGAUCUACAACAGACAUAUAUACAGUAGUGCAUGGCAAUAUUGGAGUAAAUGAACUACUUACAAGUUUAGUUCAAGCUGUAGAGGUAUUUACUGAGCAACAGCGAAUAGAUGUGAAGGAGGAAGAAGACCGAGCAGCUAGGGAACGUGUUAAAAUGGAGCAGGAUGCAGCUUACCAAGAAUCGUUAGCAGCUGAUAGAGCAAAAGAAGAAGCAAAACGCCGCCAGGAAUUAAUGGAGUCGAAAGAGAAAGAGAGAAAACAGAUAUUACGGCAAGAGAUAGAACUUAUUCGAGAAGCCUACCGUCUUGAAAUAGAAUCUCAGCUGCCGGAGGAACCAGAGGAAGAUUCUGGGGAAGAUAUAACAAAAAUAAGAUUCAGAUUGCCUAAAGGAGAAACUGCUGUUCGUCGAUUUCGGGCACGAGCACCUUUAAAGGUGUUACUCGAUUAUUUAGUGGUGCUAGGCUACCCUCCAGAUGAAUACAAAGUAUUAUCCAGCUGGCCACGAAGGGAUCUUACUGCAUUGGAUCCAAAAAAUACAUUACAAGAACUAAAACUUUAUCCACAAGAAACUGUGAUUUUAGAAGAACGAUGAAAUUUUUCACUGAAUAUGCCUUACAAUCUUUUUUUGUGAAGAAUCUUAAGUGGCUGAAAGGAAAGUAUCACGAAUACUUGUUAUGAGGCCAAAUGUCAAUACUGUACAUAUUUAAGCUGGGAACACUCUGUUGCCCAAUAAUUUUUUGUUUGGGCUAACUUUCAUAAGUACAUAAAAUUAUACUUAGCUAUAAAAUCAUGUAUAUCUGCUCCACCACUUUUUUAUGUAAUGUUAUUUAUGAAACAAUUAGUUAUUUUUUGCCAAGAAAUUUUUGCCAUUUGAAUUUUCUAUAAUUUGAAAAGAACCAACCCCGUAAACUACACAGAUUGGUUAUAUUUAUUCUUGGUAUACAUUGAUUGAAAUGCAGAAUACUGCAUAUGAAAAUAAUAGAAAACUUGACUAAAAUUUCUGUGUCUGUCUGUAACUGUGACAGGAUUCUCUUCUGUGUUCUGUACUAGUGUGCUGCCACCUCCCACUCCCACCUCUCCCACUCCCACCCCACCUCUCCCUCUCCCACCUCUCCCUCUCCCACGCACACACGCGCAUGCCCACACUCGCACACAAAAUUGCCACUUGAGAACAGCUUACAUGGCAUUUCCAACAAUAAGCACAGUAUUGACAGAAUGACUACUUUGAUUGUAUCAAUCAUUUUUGUAUACAAACUUGAUAAUUCUGAUGUAAGUUUUUCUGCUAAUGUGUGGUGAAACUACAUGUAAAGUAAUUCCCAUGUAUGCUUGAGAGAGUUUGUGUUCAGAUGGUGGAGAUUUUGUUUCACACACGUUUAUCACUGAAAGCGAAUGUAAUGUUAUGCAACAUAUUUUAUCACCUUUGUGCCUAGCAUUAUGCAAGAAAAACAACGUAAGGUUGGGAUUUAUUUCUGUGGCAUUACUGAAGAACUUAAUUUAUGAGACAAAAGUGUGCAAGAAUGAAACUACACCUAAAUGAAAUCAGAAUAAAACUUCUGCAUGUGAACUUCUCUGCUAUUAGAGGAGGACUUUCGUUUAUGAGACAAAAAAGUGCAAGAAUAAAACAACUACUAGAUAAAAACAGGAAAGACAUACAAAAUGUCAGAAAAGCAACACAGACAAAUAGUUGUUUGGCAGAAACACUAGCUAUCAGGAGAAGAGCUUCCAUCGUCCAGCAAAAAGAGGCAAAGCAUUUGCAUCUAUACCGUAGAUUUAAAAAUGGAAGUUGCCCAGGAAUUUCAUAGUUUCAUUAACAAAUAUUUCAUUUACAUAUAGGAAACCUUGUACUUGUACUUUGCUUAAACUAUGUGGAAAAAAGUACAAGAGUAGUUUAAUUAUGAAGGGAAAACUUGUUUCAUGAAGUCAGUAUAAGUCCAGUCUUUACUAGCAGAAAAGAAACUAGGAGGUUUGAAGUAUAAGAUAAUGGAUUGUUGAGACCAGUCACCAGGUAAUGGGCACUUCAAACUGUUAUCUGUUCCAAUUUGGUGAUAGAACCUUUUUUUCCCACCAUAUUUCUGAAGUGAUAAUAAGUGUGACCAGCUGCAUGGACAUCCCUCCCAGAAAGCCAUUGUACUUAUGGCAUGAUGUCUUUAGUGUGUUACAAGAUUAAAUUAUAGAAAUUAGACUUCUGUGCUGGAAAGUUAGACUUCACUUAAUUUUAAAAAUAAAAUCUUUAAUUUUU